ACGUUUAACGUCAGAGUUGUUGGACGUGUGUUCAUAUUAGAUUACAUCAUGAGUUAUGUGACAAUAUUUUAUCGCUUCAUAAUAACAAACGUAAGAACGUUAAGAGGAGUUUUUGGGGCUUUUGUGUUAAUUUUUAUUACAAUGGUCAAAAAUUUCUUUAAAAAUCCUUGGGCUUCGAAGUUAAAGUUGGAACCACCUGCUGAACUCACAGAUCCAAAAUAUGGUGUACACAAAUAUGUAAAAGUAAAUGAUAUGAAGUUGCAUUACGUCGAGAGCGGAGACCCUUCAAAACCGUUAAUGCUAUUCUUGCAUGGGUACCCAGAGUUUUGGUAUUCAUGGCGGCACCAAAUAGUCCACUUCAAUAAAGAUUAUCGUGUUGUUGCCGUGGACAUGAGGGGCUAUGGGGACUCUGAAAAGCCUGAAGACGUGUCUGCAUAUAAAAUUGAUCACUUGAUCGAAGACAUUAGGCAACUUAUACGUGCAUUGGGUCACGACAAAUGUAUCCUCGUAGCCCAUGACUGGGGCGGAAUUGUCGCUUGCAAACUUCGUGAAUUGCACCCUGAAGUUAUCCAUACCCUAAUUAUGCUGGCAAGUACAUCUCUUGACGUGGUCUUCCGCCAAAUAUUUACUACUAGCGAACAGGCAAGCAGAUCUAGAUAUAUCUUUCUGUUUCGAGCACCAAAACUACCAGAGUUGCUACUUCAAAUGUAUGAUUUACAAUUUUUGGAAAAAAUUAUGUUAGUUGAAGGAAAAAAUACUAUUAACUCUCAGGAUAUUGAGUGUUAUAAGUAUUGGUUUAGAAGACAAUAUGGUUUAACUCCACCGAUCAAUUACUAUCGAGCGAAUUUUUCAUAUACAUGGGAAGACAAAUUUUUUGAAGAAAAGUUACCUUUUCUUCUCGCAUUUGCAGAAAAUGAUAAAUAUUUAAGUAACUCCAUUCUAGAAGUAAUGAAAACUAGAUAUGCGACUAUAGAAACAGCAAUUGUUGAAGAUUGCGGACACUUUCUGCAGCAGGAAGAGCCGGAAAAAGUUAAUAAGCUUAUACGAGAAUUCUUAUCAAAGAAUAGUUUGUAAAUGAUACGUAAAUAUACGUCGUCAGCAUUAUUUAAUACAUAAAUAUAAGCAUUUUUUUUUAUGAAAACAUCAACUAAAUAGAUAAAAAUCAAAUAUUUGAAAAUUUUAUAUUAUGUGGACUUCUAACUUAAUCAUCAAGCACUUAUUUUAAAAUUGUAUAUUCCUUAAUCAUCUUACAUUUUCCAUACCAUUGUGAAAUACGAAUACACGUGAUAAUUUGUUAUUAAUAAAAACAUUUUUGAUAAA